AAUGAAUUAAAGCAAACUAAUUCAAACGGAAAUCAAUGAUCACCACCCACGGUUGAACAAAGUGCAAAAACGGAGUGUAUUUAGUCGGGGUAACAGAACGCUGUCGUAACAGUUGUUAUCCCUGAGUGUUGCUGGGUCCGUCUUUGUUCCCGUUGCCGGCAGAAAAGCAGUUGUUCCAAGUUAGCAUAGUUUCAGAAACUAAGAAAAAUGAUGAGCGCUCAGCUCAGCCGCUGAGUAGUAUGAUGGCAGCGGCUCGUACGACGUUGUCUCAGGGGUACCAGCAUCAUAAUCAGCCAACUUCAGUGGAGGAGGUCAGAACCCUCUGGAUUGGCGAUUUACAGUAUUGGGUCGAUGAAAACUACCUCAAUACCUGCUUUGCUCACACCGGAGAAGUGAUUUCAAUAAAGAUAAUACGUAAUAAAAUUACUGGCCAGCCGGAGGGUUAUGGGUUUGUAGAAUUUGUUUCUCAUGCCGCAGCGGAAAGGGUGCUGCAUGCUUACAAUGGGACACAAAUGCCUGGAACUGAACAAACUUUUAGGUUAAACUGGGCUUCCUUUGGUAUUGGGGAAAGACGUCCUGAUGCUGCGCCUGAGCACUCUAUUUUCGUAGGCGAUUUAGCCCCUGAUGUUACAGAUUAUACGUUGCAAGAAACCUUUCAAACUAAUUAUCCAUCAGUUAGAGGUGCCAAGGUUGUGACUGAUCCUAACACUGGACGCUCAAAGGGAUAUGGGUUUGUCAAGUUUGCUGAUGAGACUGAAAGGAACCGAGCUAUGUCAGAAAUGAAUGGUCAGUAUUGCUCAAGUAGACCAAUGCGCAUCAGUGCAGCAACACCGAAGAAAACCACCGGUUUUCAGCAACAAUAUGCUACUGCAAAAGUGGUAUAUCCUGUUCCAGCAUACACUACACCAGCAGUUCCAGUACUUCCAACAGCAGAUUAUGACAUAAACAACACUACAAUUUUUGUUGGUAACUUGGAUCCUAAUGUGACGGAGGAUGAACUCAAGCAAACUUUUAUGCAGUUUGGAGAGAUUUUCUAUGUCAAGAUUCCUGUGGGGAAAGGAUGUGGUUUUGUACAGUUUGGGACAAGGGCAUCGGCUGAAGAAGCUAUCCAAAGGAUGCAGGGAAAGAUGAUUGGUCAACAAGUAGUCCGUAUUUCUUGGGGCAGAAGCCCAACAGUGAAACAGGAUGUACCUGGUAGCUGGGGUCAGCAAGUAGAUCCAAACCAAUGGGCUGCAUAUUAUGGUUACGGACAAGGCUACGAUGCCUAUGCUUACGGGGCUACUCCUGAUCCAUCAUUAUAUGCAUACGGUGCAUAUGCUGGCUAUGGCCAAUAUCCUCAACAGGUUGAAGGAGUUCAAGAUGUUGCAACUGUGGGAGGUACUAUCCUGUCUGUUGAACAGAGAGAAGAGUUGGAUGAUCCCUUGGUGACACCAGAUGUUGAUAAGUUAAAUGCAGCUUACCUCGGCUACCACGAAAGGGCCAUUUUGUGCCGGCCCUUGUGGUUGAGAACAUCGUCAUUUACGCAGCAAGCUUAGUCAUGGUUAGCAUAGUGUUUAUACAGAUCGCCCUUAUAAACACCGGAGUGAAACUGAGGGCAGGAAGAGUACAGCGGUACACUGCACUUUGAUCUAGUUCCGUAGGAUCUAAUCAUAGGCUGUCGAUAUGAAAUUGUGUUGAAGUUUGAGGCCCGGUGGCUAUGUCAAUACGGGACCCUUUUUUGAGUUAAGUUUGGGACCCUUAUUUUUCGCAUUAAGAUUUUUGAGUUAUCAAACAUUAUUUAUUGCAUCCAUCCUCAUGAGCUAGGAUGGUUGCUAAGUUUAAAACAGUAUUAAGACAGUGUUGUUGUUGUUGUU